UGAAAUUAGUUAACCUUGAUGGAUGCGAUUUUUUUUCCAUUACUCAAUAUUCCAUUACUUUGACGAUUAAUGAAGUUCAUUAAUAAUUAAAGUGCUCAAUAAUAACAUUAUUGACAGCGCAGUAAAUUCAUGAAUAUUAUAAUUUAUGAGUACAGUUAAUCAUGAAUAUAAUCGGUAAUAAAAUAAUUGGUUAAAGUUGGUGGCAGCAGCACUGACUUCAGAUCAGCCGUUUGUUUUGUCAAACUGCGACUGUGCAGUUUCAUUUAAGUCGCGCAUUGAUGACGUAGAGGGCAGAGGAGGUGCGGGUUUGCCACGUCGGUCUCUGUGCAACGCAUUGACACUGUUGCUCCUCCAGCCCGGGGGGUAACUUUUAAACCCGUUUUAUGCUCUCAGUCGGGGACAACGCCACCCUCCAGCAUCGCCGGUGCCGUCUUUGCUCGUCGCCACGCCACUGCAGCCGGGGAUAGUGAAGCUGUGAGGCGGAGAAAUGCUCGGCGUGUCGCGGACUCGUCUCACAACUGACUGAUGCAUCCUCGUCCAGAUCACUCCUCCGUGUGUUAUCGAUGUUGUUGGCCUGUCUGUACAUGGUUGCUCAUUGAGAGGAAGGGGAGGAGUCCCAGCGGCUGUUGGUUGGUGGGCGGCGUCCGUGGUUGCCGUGGUAACUGGCGACCAUGCCAGGAGGUCGCAGGGGCCCAAGCAGACAGCAGCUAAGUCGCUCUGCUCUGCCGUCCCUGCAGACUCUGGUUGGAGGCAACCUUGGCAAUGGUACAGGCCUCAGGAACAGGAGCAGUAACUCUGUGGGUCUGUCUGCCCCGCCUCUCUCUGCCCUCAUUACUCCGGAGCCAGUCCGCCACUCAAGGAUCCCUGAGCUGCCGUUAGACAGCAGCCUGCUGUUUGAGUUCCUGCUCUUUCUUUAUUUGCUGGUGGCCUUGUUUGUCCAGUACAUCAACAUCUACAGGACGGUCUGGUGGUACCCAUACAGCAACCCUGCUGCCUCUACCUCGCUUAACUUUCAUCUAAUGGACUACCACCUGGCUAUCUUCAUCACAGUCAUGUUGGCCAGGAGGCUUGUUUGGACUAUAGUUUCAGAGGUGUCUCAGAGCAGUGGAGGAUCAGUGCUUCGCUACGUGGUCCUCAUUGCAGCUCGGCUCUGCCUGCUGACCAUGUGUGGCUGGGUGCUCUGCUGGACGCUGGUCAACCUCUGCAAGAACCACUCUGUGCUCAACCUCCUCUUCCUGGGAUACCCAUUUGGUGUGUACGUCCCGCUCUGCUGUUUCCAUCAGGAGGGUGGGAAAAGCCAAACAGCGCCAGCUGACUGCGAUUACCCAGCCGACCACCAGCAGACCGACUUAACAGAGACCCCGUUCUUUCGGCCACGUGACUUCCUCUUCCUUUUACGAGAGAACCUCAGAGAGCAGUUUUCCAGCCCCCCACACAUGCCCACCCACACCUGCCCACCACAUACACAUUCGCACACACCGGAGUUGAUUCGAGCUGAGGUGGAGGAGCUCAAGAGCGACUUCAACCGUCGAAUCAAGGAAGUGCUGUUCAACUCGCUGUUCAGUGCUUACUAUGUAGCCUUCCUGCCUCUCUGCUUUGUCAAGAGCACACAGUACUAUGAUAUGCGCUGGUCAUGUGAGCAUCUGAUCAUGGUGUGGAUCAAUGCAUUUGUGAUGUUGAUGAGUCAGCUGCUGCCUCCCAGUUACUGCGACCUGCUUCAUCGUUCGGCGGCUCACCUGGGCCGCUGGCAGAAACUGGAGCACGGCUCAUACAGUAACGCACCUCAGCAUAUGUGGUCAGAAAGCACUAUUUGGCCCCAGGGGGUGCUGGUACGACACAGUCGAUGUCUAUAUAAGGCAGUCGGACCCUAUAAUGUUGCUCUACCCUCUGAUGUUUCCCAUGCAAGGUUUUAUUUCCUGUUUCACAAGCCAUUGCGGAUCCUAAACCUGCUGAUCUGGAUCGAGUCAAGUGUGGUUUUGUACCAGCUAUACUCUCUGCUGCGCUCUGAGCGCUGGAAUCACACUUUGUCUCUGGGUCUUAUUCUCUUCUGCAACUAUUAUGUCCUUUUUAAACUGCUCCGAGACCGCAUUGUGCUGGGCAAAGCCUACUCCUACCCUCUGUCCUCCAGCAGUUUGGGGCUUAAGUCGCAGUAAAGGCUCCGCACAGUGAGACCUCACCUAUGAACUCUGGAUCUGGAGGGGAAAUGGGUGGAGGUCUGGUAAAGCGGAAUACCAGAGGGUUGUUUAGCGCUCACGCUUGGAGGUUAUGGGACAGACUGUGAACUCAUAAUUGUGUUUUGAUACGGUUCUAUUUUUAAUGCAAUGUUUAUAUAUACCUAUUUAAAAGAAUAUUUUUAUUUUGUAUACUAUUUCGAGUUACGCCGGGCAUUACCACGCUGACAACGUUAGCAUGUUGUGUUAUGUUAUUGAUAGGUGACAGGGAAGUCAGGGAAUGCCAGGAGGUGACUUUUCACCAAAGAUAUUUUAAGUGCAGGUGGCCAAUCACAGAGCAUACUUGGCCUCUGAGGGUCAGUUAAACUAGAUGAGCGAUUCAGAGCAGUGGAAGGAGUUGUGCUUGAGAUCGUGAAUCCUGAUUGGCCUAUGUUCUGCUUCAACCUUGAGGCUCCCAAAUCUUAAAUCUGGAACCAGUUGCUGUCUGGGGUAGCAGGAUGAUUCGAUCAUUACAGCAGCGCUGCAGCAAUUAAUGCUUUUGUCACUACUCUUAAAGAAAUAGUUCCACAUUUUGGAAAAUACCCUUAUUCACUUUUGGUUGUAAAAUGAGAAGAUUGAUACCGCUCACACGUCUGCCCUGUAAAUAUGAAACUAGCCAAAGCUUGAAGAUUGGAAAUGGGGAAACAGCUAGACUUCCUCUAUCCAGUGGUAACAAAAUCCACCUUCCAGUACCUCUAAAACUCACUAAUUAACACGUUAUAUCUCCUUUGUUUAACUUGAACAAAAGCUGAAGUGUAAUGACAAUUCACCAUUUUACAGGGUGUUGCUAUUGUGCUUGGCAACGUCAGCAGAGACUCCAGGAAGUUUUUCACUGACCAGGAAAUAGUCUAGCACACAACCCACCAUAAAACAGCACAUUGUCAUUUUUAGACCCCAGCUUUUGUGCAGAUUAAACAAACAAGAUAUAAUGUUUUAUUCUGCAAGUUUUAGAGAUGCAGAUUAUAUAACAGCUGGAUAAAGCCAGGCUAGCUGUUUCCCUAUUUCCACUCUUUAUGCUAAGCUAAGCUCACUCGCUAGAUGUUUGUAACUUCGUCUUUACCAUGCUGACAUGAGGUAUCAAUUUUACUCAUCCAACUCCCUACCAGAAUGAGAAUAAGUGAAUUUCCCCAAAUGUUCAGCUGUUCAAAGAGCCUGUGUGUGGAUUUUUACCACAAUGUGAAAUAAAACUUGAUUGACUUGAGGAUCAGUCUGUAAGUAAAACACCUUAGGUACUCCUGUCCACUGCCUCUGCAGAGAAUGCUGUAUUCUUCCUCAUUCACCUUUCUUACUUUUUAUCAGUAUCUGCUUCACAUCGUUGGCCAUCUGGGUGGGUGGGCUGUUACAGCACCAACUUUCAUGAGGCUGCCAACAGGUGAGAAAUGAUUGACAUACUAUUGGAGUGUUUUUUCCCCUAUCUGCCUUGGUUGUGGUUACUUAAAAAGUAUACAAUUUGGAAGGCUGCUGCUGUAACCAGGUCAUUAUGAAAGUCAAAACUCUUACAGAUGUCUGAUUUGACAUGCUGAAAUCUUCUUGCUAUGAUAUAGCAUUUGACUCAUUUGUGUUCUUAAAAGCCAUUCAGACACUUUUAUUUUUGUUUUUAAUUUUUUAGAUUUGGUUCCUUAUACCAUAAUGGGAGUAAGGACCAUAUCACAUCACAUCUACCUAUGUGUGGCAGAUAACAGAAUGAAUGUGGCUAAUAAAAGUUGGUACGUUCCAGGAUCUGACCUUUCUCCCACUGCAAAUACGUCAUUGUCAUCACGCUCUUAUAUGGAUUUGACAGCAGAGUAUGUUUAAUGGUGACAUUUCCAUGGGGGAUGUUGCAAAAUCAAAGGGUGAAGACAGCUGGAGAGGAAAAAGUGCUAUGUGUCACCUCAUUACCAGUUCAUGUAUUUUCAGUUACCGGAACGGUGUUACAAACAGGUUGCCUUGCGUGUUGUUGCCUUUCUCUGAAGUUACAUUUGGUGUACAUCCUUUUACUCUCAAGUGGGUUCCUGCUUAUGCGCCUCCGCUCCCUUCACCGGCUCUAAUCUGCAAGCAGUGCAUAGCUUUGAGGAGUAUUAAGUAUUCGCUCAUUGGCUGUCCAGUUUUCAGAUAGAAAUCAAUACAGCUUGAACAGCAAAGCGUUUCCAUUGGGGUGCAAAGUGUUGAGAAUCCGUAUUUCCUGUGCUGUCGUGAAUUUCACAUUGACUGCUUCAGUCAAGUUUCAGGUUGAGUGUAAAUGAGGUGGAAGAAGCUGCUUUUGAGAUGAACCAGUGUGUACAUCUUAAUCACAGAAGUAGUGUGAGGACUCUGAUUAAACCCAAAUGUCAGUCAUGUGCCCAUCAUUCUGCUUUGUCUGCAAACUCGGCCUUUAAAUCAGCUUUCUGGUGCUUCUGUUCUGUUUGCAGUCAUUUUCCACUUGAAUGUAGCAACUUUUGCAACUGAAUGGUGCUGUUGAGUUGAAUUGGCAUGUUUUUGUAAUUGGUAGAGAUAGCCUUCAAUUGAGCACCGUCACUUAAAUAUCAGUUUUGAGUGGGUGUUGUAUUAUGUCAUCUUCAACUUGCUCUCAUCUCAGUAAUACAGAAAGGAGACCGUUGAGAGAUUUGCUUUAAAUUCUGCUUCUAUGUCAGUUUGUACUUGCACUUGUUUUUACUCAGACACAAACACACAUUCUGUCUGCUUUGUUUGGUGAAACCUAUAAGAUCACAGCUGAAGAAGAGAAUUGAGGAGUGAGAUUCGGAACGAUGAUGAUGUAUAAUAGAUAUACAUUAUCUCCUGACCACAUUGCCAUAAAGUGUACUUUAUCAUCCUCUGGCCUACAUGACAUUUGAAGAAAGGAUAAAAGUAAAAUUGAUGGUGACGAUGUCAAUCUGUUUCCCCUUUACUAUAAAAAUUGUUGUAUUGAGUCGCAGAGUUUGUUUUCUAUGUGCCAUAUCCCAGGAUUCAGACUCCUGGUUGAACUUGUUGAACGUGUUGGUACUGGAGAAGUCAUAGGAGCUGGUCCUCAUAUUUCGGCUUUUUACAGUGUUCAGUUUCCCCACAGCAUUUCUGAAAAUGCUUUUUGACAUCUGAAAUAAAACAAAUGAUGUUUAAAUCAAGAUAA